GCCCCCGCCAUGGCGCCCGAGCAGACCGCGGAGGCUGCGAGCCUGCUGAGGAAUUUCGAGCGCCGCUUCCUGGCUGCUCGCUCGCUGCGCUCCUUCCCCUGGCAGAUCCUGGAAGAGAAAUUAAGGGACUCAUCAGGUUCUGAGCUACUGCUGAAUAUUUUGCAGAAGACUGUGAAGCAUCCUCUGUGCGUGAAUCACCCACCGUCAGUGAAGUAUGCCCAGGGCUUUCUCUCAGAGCUCAUCAAAAAGCAUGAGGCUGUCCACAAGGAGCCCUUGGACCAGCUGUAUGAGGCGUUGGCGGAGGUCCUGACAGCCAAGGAGCACCCCCAGUGCUACCGGAGUUAUCUGCUGCCUUCUGGAGACUCGGUCACGCUCUCUGAGAGCACGGCCAUCAUUUCCCAUGGCACCACUGGCCUGGUCACAUGGAACGCCGCACUCUAUCUUGCAGAAUGGGCAAUAGAGAACCCGAUGGCCUUCACUCACAGGACUGUCUUAGAGCUCGGCAGUGGAGCCGGCCUCACAGGCCUGGUCAUUUGCAAGAUGUGCUGUCCCAGAGCAUACGUCUUCAGUGACUGUCACAGCCGUGUCCUUGAGCAGCUCCGAGGGAAUAUCCUUCUCAAUGGUCUCUCGUUGGAGCCAGGUGCCACUGCCGCUGCGCAGCACCCAGGACACAACACCGGAGACUCAGAGAGUCCCAGGGUGAUGGUGGCCCAGCUGGACUGGGACAUCGUGACAGCCCCUCAGCUCGCUGCCUUCCAGCCAGACGUUGUCAUCGCAGCAGAUGUGCUGUAUUGUCCGGAGACGAUCCUGUCCCUGGUCGGGGUCCUGCACAGGCUCUCUGCUUGCCGGGAGGACCAGCGGGCACCUGACGCCUACAUUGCCUUCACUGUCCGCAACCCGGAGACGUGCCAGCUGUUCACCACAGGGCUGGGUCCGUCCUGCACCCUCGCUGAUUGGGUGGCCUCCUAGCCCCGAGCCCCACCACCCUGAGAUGCGUGUGCUCUGUCUCCAGGCCGGGCCGGGAUCCCAUGGGAAAAAGUGCCACAGCAUGACCAGAAACUGUUCUCCUAUGAGGAGCACUCGGAAAUGGCCAUUCUGAAACUGACGCUGUAAGUCUACAUUUUUGAAGAUUAAAGGGAAAAUUAAAUCAC